AGAUGAGGUUGUUUUCUCCAACCCAAUCAUUCCAUUGCUCAUCUUUAAGCCAAUAUUAAACCAAAAAAUAUCAGGUAGAAGAAGACUUGGGUAGUCUCAAGUCAAACCACACUCACCUACACCGCAAUCACAACACAGUUAGCUUUCUUUCUUCACAAAAUGAAUGGGAGAGUAGGCUAUAGAUUCCAUCCAACCGACGAGGAACUCGUCGACUAUUUUCUAAAACACAAAAUGGAUGGGUACGAUUUCCUCGUUGAUGAUGAUAUUCGUCUGAUUGAUCUCUACAGAUAUGAACCUUGGGAGUUACCAAGAUUAGCUGCAGGAGUAUCAAAUGAUCAAGUGUGGUACUUCUUUUGUAAAAGGGAGCUAAAAUACAAAAACGCUAGUCGACCCAGAUUCAACAGAUCAACAGACACUGGACACUGGAAACCUACUGGCUCUGAAAAUAUAGUCAAGGCCAAAGGUAGUAACAAGACGAUUGGUACGAAACGAACUCUAGUUUUUUAUAUCCGUGGCGCUCCUAGAGAAAUCAAGACCAACUGGGUCAUCCAUGAGUACCAGCCUAAAUCUAUCCUUCCUCACCAGAAGGAUUUUGUUCUCUGUAAAUUGAAGGAAAAAGGAGAUGGUAAGGCUGAUUCCUCAGGCAGUGAUCAAGCUGAAUCCAGUCGUAAUAAUAACAGGGCUUCUGAUCAUCAUCCAGUGGAGCUGUCAACCCCUCAAGAAGUUAACCUAGAGUUGCUUCUGCAAUCAUUUAUUACCGGCAAUGAGAAAAAUUUCGAAAAUCCCUCUGCAAUGCAGCCGCAAAUCCGCAUAGAAGAACAAGGCAUCUCCUUGGAUGAUAUAAUGUUCAACGAUGUGUUUGAUAAUGACUCAGAUGUCUUAUCACUUCAAUUUGACAACAAUGAGCCACAGGUGGAUCUCAAUCAGAUGGCUGAUUCAUUUAUUGUUGUACCGGAUGAACAGAGUGGCGAAGAAUUCUUGUACCCAAUUUCUGCGGAUAGCUCUAAUCGCCAAGAAAAUGCAAGCACUCAUCUCAACAGUUCCUGCUCACCGCAGUCGAUGAUUGGAGUGUACCUUGAUGACAUUAAUGAAACGGAUGCUGGAAUUGCCUAUGGAAAUUCUAUACCAUUUGGAGCAUCAAGCUUGAACAAUGGUCAAACCAAUUCAAAAGCAUACCGGCAGACGCAAAGGGUUCAAACAAUUACUGAAACUUUGCCGCCUUCAACUUAUAUCCAGAGUGGGAAGGAGAAGAAUCAUUUUCAUCGUGAUGAAAUUCUAGUAAUGGAGGCUUCUUGUUCCUCAGCAGACUCGAAAACAGGUAGCUCUGAAGAAAUCAACAGUAUUGGAGUAGCCAACAAAGAAUCUCCUAUUCAUACCAGAACUCGGACACAUCAAAAAACGGAAUCUGGCAAUAUAACAGUAAAGAAGGAACUUCUGGGAAAAAUGUCUGCCAGACCUGAGCACAAGGCAAGAGAAGCUAGAAAGAAUGAUAAUGCUCUUAAUUUGUGUCGAGAGUCCAAGUCAACCAAGGAAAACAUAACUGCCAAGACUGAAAAAGACCAGAAAUACGUGAAUGCUAAAACAAAUAUGAAGUUAAGAGAUAAUUCAGUCACUGGUAACAAGAAGACAGGCACUUUCAUUCGUAUGGAGACGUCUCUAUUAAGCCAAGGAUCAAGUCCACCAUCAUUUUAUAUUUUUAAUGUAAUUAUAGGGCUGAUUUUACUCAUAGCUGCUAUCAGGGAAUUGCUGAUUCUUCAUUGAUA